UUGAAAUUGUGUCAACUUAAUGAGGUUAGUUGGUACCUCGAGUAGAAUCAGUUGUACCGCUCGACCGUACGUUCCGAUGUUACGACGUAGUUUUCGUACAACACGAAUUUAUGUGAACUUUUAUAACUGUUACUUUGUAGUUUUUAUUAGAUGACAAUGUUUACAUCCAGAAAGCUACUCAAAAUUGUUGCCAUUGGCACAGUCGGACUGGGUACUCUGGCAUCUCUCAGAGUUAACAAAUACGAUAUUGGAUCCAUUGGAAUCGUACGACUAGGCCGAGCUGCAGUCACAGUAUUUGAAAUAGGUCGACAUUAUCAGAAAGAAUUGCACAGCAAGAAAUUAGACAAGUUAUCAGCGGAGUAUCUGCAACUGAAAUCAGAUGUUCACAAGUACGGAGCACAGAAAUUGUUAGAGCUCUGUUGUGUCAACAAAGGAGUCUACAUCAAAGUCGGCCAGCAUGUGGGUGCAUUAGAUUAUCUACUACCUCAGGAAUAUGUGCAGACUUUGCGUGUACUGCACAGUUCAGCACCGCAGUCUUCGUUCAAAGAUGUGCUGACUGUGAUCAGGGAGGACUUCAAGAAAGACCCAUAUGAGAUAUUCCAAAGCAUCGACCCAGAACCCGUGGGCACUGCUAGUCUCGCGCAAGUACAUAAAGCAGUAUUGAAGAACGGUGACAUAGUAGCUGUAAAGGUUCAGCAUCGCGCCGUCAAGAGCAACUCCUACGUCGACAUCAAGACAAUGUCAGCAUUGGUGAAGAUAACAUCGCUCGUGUUCCCGGAUUUUAAAUUUGACUGGCUUGUGGACGAGACGAAGAAAAACAUCCCCCAGGAGCUGGAUUUCAGUCAUGAAGGUAAAAAUGCCGAGAAGGCGAGCCGACUCUUCGCCAGUUAUCGAUGGUUGCGAGUGCCGAAGGUAUACUGGGACAUCACGACGUCGCGCGUUCUCACGAUGGAAUUUCUGGAGGGCGGUCAGGUGAACGAUCUCGAAUACAUGCACGCGCAUCGUGUGAACCCGUAUGAGGUGAGCAGCAAGCUCGGUCGUCUUUACAGCCAUAUGAUUUUCAUCGACGGUUUCGUGCAUUCCGACCCGCAUCCCGGCAACAUUUUAGUGCGCAACCGCGAUUCCGAAGCGGAGAUCGCAUUAUUGGAUCACGGUCUGUACGCUGAUCUGUCGGACGAAUUUCGCUGGAACUAUUCUAAAUUAUGGCUGGCCAUCUUAGACGGCGACCUGGCGACGAUAAAGACGUACUCUACGCGACUCGGCAUUGACGACUACUAUGGCCUGCUAGCUUGCAUGGUGUCGGGCAGAACGUGGGACACUAUUAUGAGGACCGGCAUGCGUAAGACCAAAUAUGACCUAACGGAGAAGGACCAAUUCCAAAGAGAGAUUCCAAAUCUCCUGCCGAAAAUCAGCACCGUGUUGGACCGCGUGAAUCGGCAGAUGCUGCUGAUACUCAAAACCAACGACCUAAUGCGUGGUAUCGAGCACUCAUUGCACACUCAGGCCAGAAUGUCCGCGAUGAUGGAGAUGUCCAGGUGCUGCGUGCGCUCCGUGUACGGCGAGAAGCUGAGGCAAUGCUCGAGUACGUGGGACAGGUACCGAGUGUUGUUAUUGGAGCACUGGACACUCUUCAAGCUGUCUCUCUACUAUGUAUAUCUGGGCCUGCUACACUUCAACCUGCACAACACAGUCAAUUCUCUUUGGACGAAUGAAUUCUAUCAGUUUUAACGAAAGCUCUUGUCUAGGUUGUCUAGGUAAACAGGUUUUUAUUUUUAAUUAGGUAAACUUUUUAAACAUUACUAUUCUUAAAAACAUGUUUUAUUUUUUCAUUAUAAUGUUUCAUUACUACGUUUUUAACUUCAUUAAAUCGCAAAAAUACUAAUAAAUUCAUAUUCCUCGAUGUUUUCUACAUUGCGAUUAAAGAAAAAAAAGAGGACAGAA